UCGGUGAAGAAGAGGGUGUCUUACUUUGUUAUGAUUGGUGUUUUUUUAGGGAAUUAGUAGCUCCACAGGGGGAGGACCCAUGAAGCCUGCAACACACAGAGGGAGAAAAAGUUGUGUCAAGUUUUGUGACACUGAGGUGGAAACUUGCUGCGUUCAGACCAGCGGCUAACACCAGCACCACCUCCACCAGCAGCAGCAGCGGCGGCAGCAGCAGCGGCAGCAGCAGCAGCUCGGACGGGGAAGAUGGCGCGCCGCUGCGGCCGUGCCACGUCUCGGUUUACUUUAUAUAGCAGAGAAAUAGCAACACUUGCCGUUUGGUUAUGUUUUUGUCUACUUUUACCCUCCGCCGUGGAGGCCGGACUGUACACCGCCUCUGACCAGAUUGUCCAGCUAACCCCGGGAAAUGUAGAGUCGGUUUUGUUGAACUCCACAGCAGCGACAGUUGUGGAGUUUUACGCUUCGUGGUGCGGACACUGCAUCGCCUUUUCUCCGGUUUACAAAAGUCUGGCCAGAGACCUUAAAGAGUGGAAGCCAGCUGUGGACCUGGCAGCAGUGGACUGCGCUGCAGAGGAGAACAGGAAGGUCUGCAUCAGCUACAGCAUCAGAGGGUAUCCUACCCUAAAGUUCUUCCAUGCCUACUCCAAGGCUGGCUCUGCAGGAAAGCCUUUCAGAGAUUUUCCCCGUGAUGUUCGAGGUUUACGUCACAAGAUCAUAGACCAACUAGAAACCCACUCGGAGCCCUGGCCCCCUGCCUGCCCUCCACUGGAGCCCACCAGUGAAGCAGAGCUUGACAGCUUCUUUGAGACAAACAAUGUUCAACACCUGGCCCUGAUCUUUGAAGAAGCUCAAUCCUACGUUGGCCGAGAGCUAACCCUGGACCUGUUACAGUUUGAGAACAUUGCAGUGCGGAGGGUACUGAACACUGAGGAGGGUCUGGUGACCAAACUGGGAGUGACAGAGUUCCCAUCCUGUUACCUUUAUUAUCCUGGAGGCAACUUCACCAGACUCAAAGUGAAGGUUGAGGCUCGUACGUUCUACUCUUACGCCCUCCAGAGGCUGCGGGGGGUGGUGCGGUCAGGAAAGCCUCCACCAGUCACCACAGAUGGCCUCACCAACAGCACAGAGGACCCCUGGAGACCCUUCAACAGAUCCAGGGUGUAUAUGGCAGACCUCGAGUCAACACUGCACUACUCCCUACGUAUGGAGGUGGCUGCUCACACCGUCAUCAAAGGAGAAGCCCUGAUUGCUCUGAAGAAGUACAUCGCUGUCCUGGCUGAGUACUUUCCGGGCCGUCCUGUGGUGAUGAACUUGUUGAAGUCUGUAAACUCUUGGCUUCAGAACCAGAUUGGCGGUGAGAUUUCCUAUGAUGCGUUUAAAGAGAUACUGGAUAACUCAGCACAGUCUCCAGACACCGCUUUGCCUGAAGGAGUGAGGUGGGUGGGCUGUCAGGGUUCACAACCCCACUUCAGACGUUACCCUUGUGGGGUGUGGACUCUCUUCCAUGUUCUCACUGUCCAGGCCACGAAUGCUGAAGAAUCAGAUCCUCAGGAGGUGCUGUAUGCAAUGAGAAAGUACGUCCACAGCUUCUUCGGCUGCAGGCUGUGUGCCGAGCACUUUGAGAACAUGGCGAGGGAAAGUAUGAUGGAUGUGGACACGUUGUCGUCAGCUGUCUUUUGGCUGUGGUCCUCACACAAUCGCGUCAACAACAGACUAGCAGGUGCUUUGAGUGAAGACCCCAACUUCCCGAAGAUCCAGUGGCCUUCACCAGAAAUGUGUCCGGCCUGCCAUAUGGUGAAGGCCAACGGGGAUCACCAGUGGAACAAGGACCAGGCUCUCUCCUUCCUCCUGUCCUACUUCUCCUCCAGCAGCAUCCUCAAAGACUAUCUCGAAGACGAAGGCCAGAUCCUGGCAAAGCAGAGGGAGAAACACACCAGCCAGCAGCUAGCAUUAGAAGCUCAGAAACAUAUAGAAAGGAAAGCCAGGGAGGCCUUGGACUUAAUGACUCAUCCUCUAACAUCACAACCCACUGUGGAAGAAGAGGAGGAAGAAGAGGAGGAGGGUGAGGAGCCACAGGAUGAAGCAAUGGCAGAUGAAGAAGAGGAAGGUGGGGAGGGAGCAGCAGCAGCAGAUGAGAUUGGCGGUAAGACAUCUGAGCCGAGUCCCUGGGCCAAACCUGAGAUGGAGGUCGGCCGAAGUCGGCGGCAGGCCCACAGAAAGCCGAGCAUCGUGGGGAUGAGGAUGCGAGAUGUGCAGGAGGACAUCGUGGACCUGGACUCAUUUGUCAACCAGCACUACAAGGCCAAGGCGCUGCAGGUGGCUGCCUCCAGCCGGGUCAGACCACGCACCCUGCAGAGGAAGGUGGAGCAGGAGUCCGGGCCUGUGUUCGGGCUCGGCAUGGAGCUGGACGGGGGGCUUGGGAUGGUGGGCCUGCAGCCUAUGGAGGCAGACUUAGAGCUGGACGUGGCGCAGCAGACAAAGCGACUGCAAAAGCGAGAACUGACAGGCCAGAACUUCGGGGAGGAGUUGAGGCGCGGGGGACGCUGGAUGUCUAUGCUGAACAUCGGAUUCUCCAAAGUAGACAUCAGCCUGUGUGUCAUUCUUUAUUUCAUGUCCACUAUGUGUCUUCUCGCCAUGUACAUGUUCUUUAAAAACCGUCUCAAGCUGCGGCGGGUUAAAAUAUCCUUGCCCUGAACCAAAGAGUAUUCAAAUUUGACCUGAGUCAGAGCAACGAUUAACAUUCGUUAAGUUCAUGUAGGCUGAGGUUGGGGUUAGUGUAAGGGGAUGUGUCAAGAUUAUCACCAUCUUAAGUGGUCCACUUAACUUUUGCCUACAGCUAAAGGAGGCGAGAACAUGUUUUAUUCCGAACAUUGUGGAUGGUGUGAUGUCUAACUGGAAAGAAUGAGAAGAGGAAAUUUGCAGAUAAACUUCAAAAUCUUUGAAAAUCAGGGCAGUGGUGUAACUUUGCACUUAAUCCGGCCUCCAGAGCUGUUCAGGCAGCACCUCCACUGUGGAAAAUCUCUUCAUAUGGAUAUAUAUUUCUACAAGUGGGUUUCUGUUUGGGGUUUGUGCUUGAGUUAAGUAUAAACAAUUGUGCUUUUGAUUCUGUUUGACCACUUAUGAAGGAUAGAAUUAAACCCAAUAUGAGAUUAAUUAAGUUUUUUUUUUUUAAUUAUUUGUAUGACAUUAAUGCAACUAAUUUUUUUGUUGCUUUACUGAAGUUAUGAAAACCUCCUACUACUUCCCUGUGUACUACGACCAAAAAAUUAAGUUUCAGUAUCAAUUUGUAUAUAUUUACAUGUACAUAAUAUUUGAAUCAAUUCAACUAAAUAACUGAAUAGGUGAUUCUUCAGUGAUUUCAAAAAUAAUGAGUUCGGUUGUAUCUUAAAUUAAUUAAUAACUGUCUUUUCCCUCCAAUCUGUCACUGGGAUUUUUGUGUUAUUUGUUCAUUUCUUUUAGUUUUUUUAAAUAAUAAGAUGGCAAAAAGGAAACAGCCCCAUUCUGUAAAUUCUUUGUGGGAUCUUUAAGAACUGUUGCGGGACUGCAGCUCAUCUCUGAAUACUGUGACUGGACCAGCAGCUCCACAGUAACUUUCUCCAGAGAAGAGCCGAUUCGCCUGUUGUUCUGCAGAUCCUUUGAGUUGGUCUACAUUACACUGAGCGUUAUAUCACAUCUCUGAAUAUUACAUCACACUGCUGAGCCUACAUAACAGCUACUCCGGUUGCUUAUGAAGUGCUGUGGAGCGAGACAUAUGUUCACACUGGACAAGGUUUUAGAAUAAGCAGGAUUUGUUUUUGGCCGCUGUCCGCGAUGUAAAGCUUCUGCUGAUCAUCUCAAAAACACUGUGUUUUUCUGUUUGCUUCUUCGCUUCUGUCUGAAUCAAUAAAAUUAUUUUUGA